GUGUGCUCUUGUGCCUCCCAGUCGCUCCUUCAGAAACGCCUCGACCAACUUCGCUCUCUCCGACCACCGUACAACGCAGGCAGGAGACACGCGAGUCUGAGCUGGACGCAGGGGAGCACGCGGCGUGGUAAAGUCUUCGUCGCAUGCCACUGAUUGACCGCGACACGACCUUCGCCGCACUCGGAUUACAGCAAUUACCGUCGUGCGUUCGCAAGCGUACUGCUCUGCAUAAUCCAUCCCGGACGAACCUCCCACCGCCUUCGCAGUCCGUGCGGCUCCCCGACCACGUUCCCGCGGCAUUGAUCAGCUGAAUAUCUAUAUCGCUCGCACCCGCCGCUCGUCCCUGCUUUGCGCUCGAGACCGAAAGCAUCAUGUCCUCCCCGUACGAGAUUCGGACCAACGAAAAUGGCAAAUCGAAGAAGCAGUCAAUGGCCGAGCUCAAGCUUAGGCGGCUCACGGAGCUGAACCAGCGACUUCAGGAAGAUUUGAAUCGCAGAAGGAUACCGGUGUCGGAAGCUGCUCUAGACCUCAUUGCUUUCACGGACAAGGAGCCCAAGGACUUCAUGGUACCGAGCCGAUGGGGCACAAUCGACAAGCGCGAGGAUCCGUAUGCGCCGCAGCAAUCGAACGGGUGCUGCUCAAUCAUGUAGCAGCAGCCCAAAUCGCAUCCAUUUCACGGGCUUGUUUACAGCAUUGGCGUUCUGAGCGAAUCCAAUGGAAUGGAAGGAGCUCGGCCUUCAUCCGGCGGGUUUCGCGGUCACGG